GCCAUCUGUGAUCUUUGAUUUCUCACUUUUUUAUUCUCUUCCCCCCUUCCCCCAGUAUCAGUUUUCUGCCGAUAUAAUCAUUCAUCCAGUUGGAACUCUGGAUGUGCUCUGUUACGUUUAAUUGCUGCAAGGAAGACUAGAAACAAUAAUGUUCCGAAGAGUUUCCAUUCCGGUUGUAAGAAAAUCGAUUUCUUACAGUGCUGUGACACAAGUGAGGGCUUAUCAUCCACCGGCCGACCACAAACCACCAACCAUGGAUGAACUUCCUAUUCCAGAAGGAUCAUGGCAAUCACAAUAUGAUUCAAAUCAAAGAAAAUACAAUCUACAUUUAAUUGGAGGUGUUACAAUUUUGACCCUGACAUUGGGAUUUAUUGCCCAAAGUGGUGUUAUUGACUUCAACUACUCUACUCCAACACUGACAAAUGAAGAAAUUUCUCAAAAGUAAAUGGAGAACAUAAGAACACAUACUUAUCAUGUGUGUAUAUGAACUUCUAUUAGUAUAUGUAUGAAUAGUAUGUAAUAAUAAAAUUCCUUUAGUAAGUGUUUUAGUUGUAAUUUGUUGUCUGUUUUAAUAAAGUGAAAAUUGGAUCAGUUUGAA